GAAAAGGUCGCCAUUUGCAAGGACUUCUUGUACAAGAGUUGUCCGGCAGGCGUCAACUGCGACCUCUCUCACGAGCCAAGCUACGAACGAGUGCCAGCAUGCACUCACUUCCUGCGAGGCAACUGCACAAAGACUGCAUGCCUCUACCCCCAUGUUAAUGUCUCUUUCGAUGCACCAGUCUGCCGUCCCUUUGCAACUCUUGGCUUUUGCUCCAAGGGCGUAUCGUGCGGCGAUCGACACGUUUUCGAAUGCCCUGACUACGCCAACGCUGGCCAUUGCGCGAACAUCAAAAAGGGUAAAUGCCCAUUGCCACAUAUUGAUCGUGCCGGCACUCUUCGCAAAGCUGCU